ACUUUUUUUCUGUAGAUGUUCUGUUGUUUCUAGGUAGUGAGCGACGUUGUGUUGUGGAGUGAACCUUUUUCAAAAGGCAUUUUUCUGGCGGUGGGCUCUAAGUGAGCAGGAGGUGUUGGAGAUGACUGCGGGCUAGGGGAAGUGUUUUGUGGAAGGUCACGGCGGCGCCCAUAGAUGUAUAAACAGAACAGCGACGGCGGCCUCGUAGAUGCGGCUGUUGUCGACGCAGCCAUCAGCGUCAGCAGUCAGCAUCCCCACACAGCGACCUCCCGCUGGCUUGCUGGUGUCCAGCAGCAUCAUCAGCAACAGCACUACAACCAUCAACAACAGCAGCAACACAGUCAGCAACAGCAGCAACCACAGCAACACCCGCGUCAACAUCAGCAACAGCCGUGUCUUCUCGAGCAGAUGGCCGCGUCUGGAUCACACCAGCCCCCCCAGGCUCAUACACUGCCUGCGACAUUAUUGGGUCCGCCUGGUCUCUUAGCUGCAGGUGUAGCGGGUGGAAUUAGUGGCAUGGCAGCGGCUGCUGCAGCGGCCCAACUCGGCGUCGGCCAAAUGAGCACGAUGAGCAGCGUCCAUCAUCACCUUGGACAUCUGGGCGUUGGUGGCGCUGGCAUCGUUGGUAUGGGCGGUAUGGGUGCUGCAGUAGGAGGCGGUAUGGGAAUGCCACUAGUACAUGUAUCGCCGGAUGUGGCGGUACAGGCUGGUCUUAAUGCAGCCGUCGUUAAUAAUCAAUUCAAUGCGGCUGCAGCUGCCGCCGGGCACCAUCAUCCGGCAACAAUGGCCGUCAACCAGGCGACGAUGGCGGCUGCUGGCGGUUGUAUGGGCGCCGCCGCCAUGGGAGCUGCGGCUGCGGGCGUAAUGUAUCCGCAAAUGAUGAAUGACAUGAUGAUGCAAAAUGGCGUCGUUGGGAAACAUCUACCAGGUCUGGCCGCCGCUGCCAAUGUUAACCUACAAUUGAAUCUUCAGCAUUCAAUGCAACAACGGAUGCAGCAUUUGCAACCACAAAACCACCAACAGCAACAGGUGCAACAACAACAGCACAGUAAUGGAGCAUCGACUGUAGCAGCUGUAGCAGCCGCAGCGGCAGGCGUAACUGACGGCCAUAUUCCCACGAGCAGCGCACUAGCUGGUCUCUGGACACCGGCGCCAUCGGCUUCUCCAGUUAUAUCAACUGUGGGCUCGCUACCACUGAUAUCUCCAGUUCCCGUUACAAGUCCAUCGUCACUUCUGCAAGUUGUACCUGGAACCCCGGUUCCGCGGGAUAAUGAACUGGCUCGCUUUGAUGAUGCCCGUUUGCGCUACGAUGGAAAUGCAGUGGCCUCAAAAGUAGAUUGUACCGUCUCCGGACCACUGCAAAAUAAUAAUCAUCAUCCGAAUAGCCGCCUUUACAGGAUAUCAUCAACAGACUACAACAACUACGCCGACAUUAACCUCAAAAUUAAACGGGAACCUAGCUAUAGCUCACGGAGUCGUUCUAAAUCCCGUAGGUCUCCUUCGGGUCGUGGAUCACGGUGGUCGAACCGUUCUAGAAGUCCAUUGAAGAGGCCCUUAAAGAUCGAGCGAUCAAGAAGCCCGAGUUGUCGCGCAGAGCGCCAUCGAAGCUCGAGCCAUCGAGUAAAUAAUAAGAGCCCCCCGCGAAGUCACCAUGACUCGCGAUCCAGGCGCCCGUUAUCACGUUCGGCCAGCUACAGGAAGCUAAAUAGUAGAGAAACUAACGGUACCACACCGAACGAGCGCAACUCUUCGCACUAUCGUCACCAGCCGCCUCUACCUCCGAGGACAGGUUCGAGACAACAUCGAGAUCAUCGGAGCAUUAAAUCAGAUAGGGCAAGGGAUCGAGAAAAGGAAAAAGAAGAGAAGGAAUUCCGUUUCUCGUCCGACAACUAUAGCUCAGAUGAGGGGGAAGUGGGCACCAAAGAGAUCUCCGAAGAGGAUUAUCGAAUGGAAAUCGCUUCCUAUACAAGAUGUUGCCCAGCAGAACUCUAUUUUACCAAAGAUAACAACAACGAGCUUCGCAAGGAGGAAACCCGAUCGACCGAACGCUUUGAAAAGCUUCUAACCGAGUUCGAAGAGGAGCUCUUAAAGCGCGCUGAACGCACACGAUCUACUCAGGCACCGUAUGAGCGACCUAAAAGAAAGCCACACAUUUGCAUGCAUUAUAAAAAGAAGCAGAAGCGACAAAAUCGCCAAGAAAAUGGCACAAAAACUGGAAUCAUUUUGUCAAGUGACAGCAGCAGUGACUCAAGUGAUACCGAGUGGUGUUCAUCGGAAGAGGAGGACAACGUCACUGAACUCGAACUCAAGAAGAAGCACCCUUAUCGAUUACACGAAGAGCUCUGGUUCAACGAUCCCGGGGAGAUGAAUGAUGGGCCGCUCUGUCGGUGUAGUGUGAAAGCGAAACGCACGGGAAUUCGUCACAACCUAUUCCCUGGAGAGGCGCCGCCCUCACCUGCCUGCGAUCCAAGCUCGAACAACGCCGGUCGCUUGUUCCACUACCGCGUUGCCAUCACCCCGAGGACAAAUUUUGCGCUCAAACGCUUCCCUACGGUAAUUCGUCACGACAACCAUGACUUCAUCUUCGAAGGAUUCUCACUCUUCUCUCACUACAAGCUACCUGACAACCUGCCUUCAUGCAGGAUAAUAAGAUACAAUAUUGAAUACCUGAUCGCUUACAUACCUGAGGAGUUCCCUAGCAACUUCACUGUGCGGGGACUCGACCUUCUGUCAGACUAUCUAUUUAAGGAGUUGCUGGAAUUAGUUGACAUCAAUUGGCGUCUAAACGAUCAGCCAUCUAAUGAAGGCUGUCCGCAGUUCCAUGUGAUGCCGCGCUUUGUGCGCCCUUUACCGGAGAAAGGCAAGGAGCUGUUGUCGCUCAAUCUGAUAAUCGGCCACCUGCUCAAGAACAACCGCCCGUUGGUUUCGCGUGAAGGGAUUCCGAAACUAGCGAAGUUAGACGCAGCUGCUUGGAUUGACAUGGUCGAGGCCAAGGUCAAGGGUCAGCUAGUGACACGACCUGGUAUGAAGCCCUGCUCACUGCGAGUAGAUCAACUCGACCGCGAGCCGUCGCUAGAGAACUCAACACAGUUCCCUGUUAUUGUUCAUUUUGGAAUGCGACCGGCACAACUAAGCUACGCUGGCAAUCCCAAAUACCAAAAAGCACUUAAGGAGCUAACUAAACUCAAAAAGUACCUGGCCACCAAGGCGAAAGUCGACUACCAGGAUAAGGCUCGAUUGGCCAAAAAAGAGAAGGCGUUGCAGGAUUUGAAGCAGGCACAAGAGCUCAAGCGCGACGUGACGGUCGUUCUCAGCUCAGAAGGCUUUUACCGAACGGGACUACGCUCUGAUGUUGCGCAACAUGCGCUUGUUGUACCAGUACUGAUUGGUCAUCUUCGCUUCCAUCGGUCACUAUAUAGGCUUGAAGAAAACCUAAAGCUAAAAUUUAAUGACCGACUUCUGUUACAGCUGGCGCUUACGCAUCCCUCAUACAGGGAGAAUUUCGGAACCAAUCCAGAUCAUGCGCGUAACUCAAUGACCAACUGCGGAAUGCGUCAGCCGGAGUACGGGGAUCGCAGGGUACUUUACCUAUAUUCGAGGAAAAGAGGUAUCAAGAUGCUUCUAUCGAUCAUGUCGCGUCUGGCCAAGGAUAUUGAAACGGCAUCGACUGUGCACCACUAUGAAAGACUGGAGUUUCUGGGUGACGCGGUCAUUGAGUUCUUGUCAUCAAUUCAUCUCUUCCAUAUGUUUCCCGAUGUUGAGGAAGGUGGGCUGGCGACCUAUCGCGCCGCAAUCGUCCAGAAUCAACAUCUCGCCGUUCUAGCAAAGAAACUUCAACUGGAUGAGUUCAUGCUAUAUGCUCACGGGUCCGAUCUGUGCCACGAUCUCGAACUCAAGCAUGCUAUGGCUAACUCUUUGGAGGCACUUAUGGGGGCCAUUUUUCUUGACCAUGGUAUUGAGCAUGUCGACAGGGUCUUCGGGGAGACCCUUUUUAGACCAUCUGCUGUUACAACCGCGAACUGUGCGACGGUCACAAGCGGUCAUCGUGCAAUGAAUUGGGGUUUGGAAUGCGCCGAGCUUCUAGAAAGGUGGUGCAAUUAUCGCCGGCACCCAUUGCAGCUGCAAGAGCCAGAUGGCGAUCGGAGAUGGAUCGAACAUUAUCCCGUUCUUCAGAAACUCACAAACUUCGAGAAGCAGAUUGGCGUGGAAUUUACUCACAUCCGACUUCUCGCAAGGGCAUUUACCCAUCGCUCCGUUGGAUUCAACAACCUCACACUUGGUUCAAACCAACGCCUGGAAUUCCUUGGAGAUACCGUACUCCAAUUGGUGUCCUCUGAGUACCUGUACAAAUUUUUCCCUGAACAUCAUGAAGGGCAUCUUUCGCUCCUCCGAAGCUCGAUUGUCAACAACCGCACACAGGCUGUAGUGCAUGAUGACUUAGGAAUGUUGGAGUAUUCGAUGUACCCGUUAUCACAAAACGGUCUCAAGGUAAAAGAUCGUGCCGACAUUCUUGAAGCGUUCCUAGGUGCUCUCUUCGUCGACAAGGGGCUAGACUACUGCCGAAGAUUCUGUCAAGUAGUAUUUUUCCCGCGUCUAGAACAUUUCAUUCGCAACCAAGACUGGAAUGAUCCUAAAUCGAAGCUACAACAAUGUUGUCUAACCUUGCGACAUAUGAGCAAUGGUCAACCUGAGAUUCCACUUUACAAAGUUAUCGAUUCCAGUGGGCCCACCAACACGCGACGAUACACCGUAGCUGUCUAUUUUCGAGGCAGACGAAUGGCAACCGCCAGUGGACAUAGCAUCAAAGAAGCGCAAUGGCAGGCAGCCUCGCUCGCAUUGGCAAACUACAAAGAGUUCUUCAACCACAAAGUGGUUGAAGAUAUUAUAAAGGGUCCUAGCGGUCGUCAAGAGAGCUACGAACGGUCAAAAGAGGACAGAGUUACAACAGCAGCAAUAUCAGCAACAUCCACAUCUUUACAAGGGAUAAUAACCACAGCCACAGUAGCAACAGAUAGUGGGAAUACAGCGUCUAAUGGUGGAAGCGGUGGCGGAAGCCGCGGCGAAGGACGAAAAUGUCGAGAAGACUGGGUGAACGGAAACAGCCACAAGCGAUUGUCUUUUGAAAAGGACAACAGGCAAAAUGGCCAUCGAUCUGAUUACGAACGUGACCGCAGGGAUCAAAGGCCAGCUUCACAUCGGCUAUUUAGGGAUUCUUCAGUGCGAGAUUCACGAGAUUCGAGGGACUACAGCAGAGAGUCACGAGAACCACGGGAAACAAAGGAUGCCAGAGAUGAGAGGGGUCGUGGGGACGCAGGUUUCCGCGACAGUUUUGGACGAGAUCGCGAUCGCUCUCGUUGGCAGAGGUAAAGGGCUGCAAUUAUGAGUAAAACCUAUAACGAUAGGAAAUCAUUGGUUUAACCGGAGAAAGUAGAACUCUCAGCAGCAUAGGCAAUACAAGAGCACCUUAAAACCACAGAAUGAGAUCAAAUAACAAGAAGCCGGCUGAAGUUGCGCACACGAAACGAAAAGGCGAACGGACGAAAGGAAAGGCUGUCAGCAAAAGAAGGCUUUUGUUGAAGACAAAGUCGACGAUGAAGAUCAUUAUGUUUUUGUUUUUAUAUACUUAUUAACGCCGAGGGGACCUGAUAAGAACUACCUCUGUAUAGGUGGUGCCGCCGACAUGAGACAAACGUAGACAAAUGUCGUUGAAACGUUAUUUAACUCCGCCUCGUCUGCAGGUGAGAUUAAGCAAAAAAGAUUUAGUUAUAGAGACAGUAAAGACGUUGUUUAAAACAGUAACAUGAUGAUACGUCAAACACUAUCGUUAGUUUAUGAGGAAGCCUUCUAGGUUCUGAAAAAGUUCGGAAAGCAAAAAAGGAUGAAGUGUAGAGUCAUGGAUUCUGCAUGAGCAAUUGCAGGAACUAUAACUAAAAUAACAAAAGGGGUGUAGUGCGAUUCUUUUUGUCCCUAAGGAGUACCUAAGCGGUUGAGUGCAAAUUUUUGUCGCUAGAACGACCUAUGUCAAUAGUUUCUUAUUGUCAUACACAAGAGGAUUUGCUCGCGUCGUACUGUGACUAAACUACCAUAUAGACGCAUGCUUUGUUAGGGGGUAGGAUGGCGUACUAUUGAGAUGUAGAUCCAAUCUUGGAAGUGUCCGCAAAUACCUACUCGUAGUUGUUGCAGGCAGACUUGUAGUUGUUGACCUUUAUUUAUGUAAUCGGCAGAUCUUUGUGACUUAAUUGAGAUCUUAGUCACACUCAGUAACCAAGACCGUUUUUUCGCUCUAAGGGCUAUACAGUGUAACUGUUUUCUUGUUUCGUUUGAACAAACAGCACAAACACAAAAAAUACGCAUCGGUAAAAAUCAAAGCAUGCCAAUAACCAGCAACAAAAAAAAGUAAAGCUUACGAAUAAUAUGCAACAAACUUGUUCUGAGGCAUGACGGUUAUUCUAAGUACGCGGUAAUCAUAAAAAUACAAUAACAAAUAUCAGUGAUUCAUCAUUAAGAUUUUGAUGAUGCUGAUGUAGAAAAUCUCAUCCCAAACGCACAUCGGUGAACAGCGCCGGCUUUAACACAAAAACUUCUCAGCAUACACAAAGACACGUUAACAGACAUGAGCUCACAUCGUUAUCAAACAGGGAACAGAAGUAGAUCGAUACAUUUUUUCCUCGAUUAAAGACGAACAGGUCCAAGCACCUUGUGUAACUGACAGACUGACGAUUGAAAACGCGAAGAACAAAGCACUAAAUGACCCCAUUUUAGUUCGUCCAAAAUUAAGUAGAGAAGAGUUCAGAUGAAUGGGGGGAACCCCGGUGUAAAGCUGACAGGCCCUUCAUCCAACAGAUGAUGGCAAUAAGUCCGCUUA